GAUGUUUUUCUCAUCCUCUCGUCGGAAAUGUUAAUACCCGAAAAACGAAUUAGUCUGCUGUUGCAACUGUGGUCGGGGAGGCUUAUUCCGUCAAGGGACCCCGAUUUUCGAUCCAAUUUUCCCUCUCCUCCCUCCUCUGCUUCUGAGUUCCGGGAAAUCUCCGAAUUUGCUCUGAACUGGUCCGAUUUGCUUGCAAUUCCGUCCGACCCCAGUUUGAAUUUGACGGUUGAUUGAGGUAAGCGACCGCCAUUUCGAGCCUUUAUUUGAUUUCAUCACCUGGGCAGCUCCGAAGAUGUCAUAUUUUUAUCAAUGAAGUGUACAAGAAAGAGGUUUCGAUUGUUUUGUUGCCCAUUUGGGGAGUUAUCAUGAAUUGCCACAAAGUUGGGUAUUUCCCGGACGAGGUUGUCCUCCAAAUAUUGGCCCGGUUGCCCAUUAAGUCCCUUUUCAGGGCCAAAAUCGUAUGCAAGCUCUGGCACAGGUUGGUGUCGGAGGAGUACUUUGUUCAUCUCUACAAUGAACUCUCGGUGAGGAACUCGAUGGUUCUGGUUGAGGUUUCGGACUCAUCGGAGUCGACUAACAUGAGCUUGAUCUGUGUUGAUAACCUUCGUGGUGUCUCUGAAUUGAGCCUUGAUUUCUUGAAAGACCGGGUUAAGGUUAGGGCUUCUUGUAACGGAUUGCUGUGCUGCUCCAGCAUACCGGAUAAGGGCAUUUUCUAUGUCUGCAACCCUAUGACCCGAGAGUUUAGGCUGCUCCCGAGAAGUAGGGAGAGGCCUGUGACGAGGUUUUACCCUGACGGAGAAGCAGCCUUGGUGGGCCUAGCUUGUGAUUUGCCGGGACAGAAGUACAAUGUCGUGCUGGCUGGUUAUCAUCGAACUUUCGGGCACAGGCCUGAUGGGACCUUUAUUUGUUCGGUGUUCGACUCUGAGUCAAGCAAGUGGAGGAAGUUCGUCUCUUUGCAGGACGAGCACUUCACCCACAUGAGCAAGAACCAGGUGGUGUUUGUCAAUGGGGCUCUCCAUUGGCUCACUGGCAGUGCUUGUAUACUCAUCCUUGAUUUGAAUUAUGAUCUUUGGAGGAAGAUGCAGCUGCCCGAUGAGGUUGGCAGAGGGCCAGGGAACAGGGUCUACUUGCUCGAGUCCGAUGGGUAUUUGUCGGUGAUUCAGAUCUCAGAGGCAUGGAUGAACAUCUGGGUGUUGAAGAAUUACGAGAGGGAGGAUUGGAAUUUGGUGGAUCGGGUAAGUCUUAGAUGCAUAAGAGGUUUGGUGCCAGGAAUCUUCCCGAUCAGUCAAACUCAGGAGUAUGUACUUUUGGCCACUCACAAGCAGAUUUUGGUGUACCAGAGGAAGAGCAGAGUGUGGAAGGAAAUGUAUUCUGUGAAGAACGGGUCCACGCUACCUCUGUGGUUUUCAGCGCACUCAUUUCGGAGCACAAUCUUCUCCUGCCAGUGAGGUGAUGUUCACUCCAGUCCCAUCCAAUUUAAUGGAUUUUGUGUACAUAGCAUCCGAUUUAUAACAAAUACUGCUGUUAGAUCGAUUAUUAUUGUCUGUUGAUUUCAUAAGGUUGUCUUGUAUUGCUCCUGUUAAAUUGAGUUGCUGUGUAAAUGUGCAAAAAUGUAGCACUCCAGAUCUUGGCAAUAAUAAAUUUGAUCAUUUCUCUUUCAAA